UCUCCACCGGGAAGUCACAGUUUAAGUUUGUUGUAUCGUUGAGUCUUUCAAACGACUUCGUUACAUCAAGAAGUCGUUCAACAAUCGCUCCCUGUAUUACAUUUUUUUUUUUUUUUUUUCAACAAAAUUAAAUAAAAUUUUUAAGUGACCGGUAAUUAAGUUGAUGGUGAAAAAUGGAUCGAUUGAGCGGAUUGCUCGAGUUAGUAUUUAUAAUUGCUGUUGUAUUUUUGAAUAAUAUCGUGAAUCCAAUCUCGGCUAGCAGUUGUCAUAAAUCAAAUAGAUGUUGUCCCAGCGAUGGUGUCAAUUGUGCUGUGACUGGACCCUCGAUGUCCCCGAUUUUUCAUAACUACACAGAUAAGCCGUGUUAUUGUCAUUACUCGUGUCUGAAACACGGCGAUUGCUGUGGGGGAUUCAAGCAGGCUUGUAAUGUUCAUGAUUGCAUAACAUCUGAGUGGGGACAUUGGUCAGCUUGUAACAACAAAUGCGGCCGUGGAAUACAAAAAAGAUCACGGAAAAUAGAGCGGCCGGCUGAAAACGGGGGUAAAGGAUGCUCUCCAUUAGUCCAAAGACGAUAUUGUUACAGCACACAGUGUGAUAAACAUGAUCCUGAAAUAGCAUUACGAGAAACUGCAUAUAUUUUGCCAGCGGAAUUAAGCGCAGCGCGUCACCAGGUCACAAACAAUGACAUCAUUCGAGCUAACUUGCGAUUAAGAAAACAAUUAUUCCCAUCAUUGGGAGACACCGAUUGGUCACCUUAUAAUGUUUCUAAAGAAUACUGCGUGACGUUCAGCAUCAUAAAGGCAUCGCCAAAGUGUAUAAAGAAAUCAGGACAAUCAGAGCUGUCAGAGGACUCAACGGUUUGUGUAAAAUGUGAAACGACAGCCUUCAUACCAUCAUUGGACUAUCGAUGUCGCGGUGACGGCGGUACUGAGGGAAUGAUAACACGCUGGAGUUUGUUUUCGGAGCCUUAUUGUUAUGGAAAAUGGCAGCGUACCGUUAAAACUGGAUCUGAAUGUGAUGCAUCUGUUUGUCAACCAAAACCACAUUUUAUAUUUGUUUAAAAUUACUUUUUUUUAUACACUGUAUUACUUUAAUUAAUUAAUAUUGAUUUA